AUGACAUCGAUUUUUUUGUCGCUGUACUGCAACCAGCCGUUCACCUCUCGGCCAAGGUCGCCGGUAGUGAUCUUGCAUAUUAUCUACGUUCUCUAUCAACCAUGCACUUCAGUUGUUUACCAGUUUUUUCAUGUUCAAAUUCUUCCCGAUCUCAACUUGUUAUUUGAGAUGCUGAAAGAUGUGAUCGAACAACUUGUGAACUCACCGAACAACGAGCACAAACCUCUCACGAAUUUCAUCAAUAACGAAUUUGUGGAAACGGACGAUCUGAUCGAUUCGGUGAACCCGGCAACAGGACAAGCAUGGAUUCGGAUCCCAAACUCGGGUGAAAAGGAGGUCAACGAGGCUGUGGCAGCUGCCAAUCGAGCAUUCCCAUCGUGA